CAUAGAUAACCUAUCUGCUUUUUACGGAUCUGGCAGUAGCAGUUGGUAAAAGCACAGUUUUGUUUGGUAGACAGUCCAGUGGCCUGUUUAGGUGUUUUCGAAAGCUGUGAGCAAGUUAUCUGAAAAUAAUUCACAUGCUGUUGCAAUUUUGCCAGUUCAUGUUACUGUUUUUAAUUUUCGAGUGUGACGUUCCAUGUGACACAAAUGAAGACUGAUGAUUUGCUGCUGCUACAGAUAUGGAAUACAAACUUCCUCGCCUCACUAGUUCCUUUCGGGCGUUUUCGGAUUUAGUUCGACCAAAUAGUUUAAUAUCAGAAGAUGAUGAUAUACAGGCGUAUCGACAGUGGAAAGCAAAUCGACUGAAAGAGGGUCUCACAUGGACGGACAUACAGCAUGUUAUAGAGAAGGAUGGAAGAUUACCGAAAGAUACUGUAAAACAUUUGCAUUGCCUUCGGACACUGGCCGUUGACCUGACUGGCGGUGAGCAGAGUAAGGAAACAGUGGACGAGGCAGCUGUUUUUCUGCUGAGACUUUUUCUGUGCGAGAGUCUCGUUUCCCAGAAGCAUCUGUUGAUGCUUAAGCAGAUGUUUGGGUCAGUCUCGUCAAACUUAGCUGCCAAAGUGUGUCAUUGUGUGUCCCUCAUUACGUCGCAGUUGUCUGAUGAAUGCAUUGAGUAUGUGAAAAGUGGAGACAAGUCACAGAAUGGACCUAAGAAACAAUUUGGCAAGAAUAUUAAAUUUAUCUUCCAGCGGUCUCAACCUUCUUAUCCUAACACAAGCUUUCUGGUUGACCUUAGUGCCUCCAUAGGCAGUGAGGUGUUGAGGGACUUCUCGAUGAAAUACGACGACGUUGCUGCGUUAAUAUCUACCAAAGAAGAUAUUAAGAAAAAUCACAUUAAAAAAAAUGGGUUUGGGAAAUCAUGGUUGGAAAAGGAAGUUCGGAAGUAUUACCAAGCAAAUAACCCAGCAGGACUCUCUCCUGAUGAAUUUGCGGACACAAUAGUCAAUAUGCUAAAGUCAGGUCGCUCAAAUGAUGAACUUCAGAAUGAGCUGUUUGAUUUACUGGGCUUUGACAGAUUUGAGUUGAUUCAGUCAAUUCUGCAGCAUAGAAAUGACAUUAUACUUGGUGCAUCUGUUGCAGAGGAGAAGAAGUCGCUCGCGUCUCAGUCAGCUCCUGACCAAAGAAGACCAAAUUAUGGAUGUCAAGUUGUGGUACAGUCGGAACAAGAGAAACAUCUCUUAAAACAAGUUCGCAAGGAAGAGAAGAAAUUGAACAAGGCUAUAAAUCGUAAUGAUGAGGAGGAUGUGGAGGAACCUGAAUUUAAUCCUGUAGAACUAAGAGCUAAACGGCAAGCAGCAUUAAAGACCGCUAUGAACGCUCCGAUAUUCCAAGACCGAUCAAGAGUGACACAGUCACAGGAGAAGUAUCCCCAUGUGUACGAUUCUCAGAGACAAGUCCAGCAGUCAUCAGGAUUCAUAGCUGGUGUUAAAGUGAUGCUGUCUUCGGAUGUAAAAAGGACUGAUAACAAGCAGUACGAGGAAGUGAACAUUCCAGUAUCAGAACCAGCGCCGCUCUCCGUAGGAAAUAAUUUAGUAUCAAUUUCUUCAUUGGAUGAGAUUGGACAAAUGGCAUUCCAAGGCGUGAAGACCCUAAACCGUAUUCAGUCUAUCGUGUUUGAUACUGCAUACCGCACCAAUGAAAACCUGCUGAUCUGUGCACCUACUGGUGCAGGUAAAACCAAUGUAGCCUUGUUGACGAUAGUUCAUCAGAUCAGGCAGUUUAUUGACCAGGGCGUUAUAAAGAAGGAUCAGUUUAAAAUCGUAUAUGUCGCACCCAUGAAGGCUCUGGCAGCUGAAAUGACCCAGAACUUCAACAGGAAGUUGAAUUGCCUUGGAAUAUCUGUGAAGGAACUAACAGGUGACAUGCAGCUGACAAAAUCAGAAAUAUUGCAAACACAGAUGCUUGUCACUACUCCAGAGAAGUGGGAUGUUGUCACCAGAAAGGGCACAGGAGAUGUUGCAUUGACGAAUCUGGUCAAAUUACUCAUCAUUGACGAAGUGCAUUUAUUGCAUGGGGACAGAGGCCCAGUUGUGGAAGCACUUGUUGCGAGAACUUUACGACUGGUGGAGUCGUCACAGAGCAUGAUUCGUAUCGUGGGUCUUUCAGCCACGUUACCAAAUUAUGUGGAUGUGGCAAAAUUUUUGCGAGUAAAUCCCUACAUUGGUCUCUUUUACUUUGACUCGCGUUUCCGUCCAGUGCCUCUUAGCACAACAUUUGUUGGCGUGAAAGCGAUCAAACCAUUACAGCAAAUGAGUGAUAUGGAUCAGAUUUGCUAUGAAAAAGUUGUUGACAUGGUGCAGAAAGGGCAUCAGGUAAUGGUGUUUGUUCAUGCUCGUAAUGCGACUGUGAGGACAGCAAUGAUACUGAAGGAAAUGGCACUUCAGCACAACCAACUGAAGAUAUUUGAGCCGGAUGAAAAUGGAGGUGUUGGACUGGCAAUGAAAGCCCUGAGUCGGUCACGUAACAAGCAGCUGGGGGAGUUGUUUCCAUGUGGUUUCUCUGUACAUCAUGCAGGAAUGUUGCGCUGUGAUCGAUCAAUGGUGGAAAAAUAUUUUGGUGAUGGCUUAAUCAAAGUUUUGGUUUGUACUUCAACCUUGGCCUGGGGUGUGAAUCUGCCUGCACAUUGUGUGAUUAUUAGGGGAACAGAAAUCUAUGAUGCAAAGCAUGGUUCAUUUGUGGACUUGGGAAUUCUUGACGUAUUACAAAUUUUUGGACGAGCUGGCCGCCCUCAGUUUGACAGAUCUGGUCAUGGAGUUAUCAUUACAGCUCAUGAAAAACUGAGCCAUUACUUGUCUCUUCUGACAAAUCAGUUUCCCAUUGAAAGUAAUUUUAUUGCUUGCCUGAUUGAUAAUCUAAAUGCAGAGGUAACGCUUGGAACAAUUUCAAAUGUUGAUGAAGCUGUGCAGUGGCUGAGCUACACUUACUUGUUUGUUCGGAUGAAAAUCAAUCCCCAGUGCUAUGGUAUCAACUAUCAGGAUGUUUAUGUUGAUCCCACAUUAGAGAAGAAAAGAAGAGAAUUAAUUGAAUGUGCUGCUCAAGCCUUGGAUAAAGCUCGAAUGGUCAGGUUCAAUGCUCGAACUGGAGAUAUGAAUGCUACAGAUCUUGGUCGAACUGCUAGUCACUUUUACAUAAAGCAUGCUACAGUUGAGAUUUUCAAUGGCCUGAUGGCAGAAAUUAUGACAGAAGCUGACAUUCUGAGUAUGAUAUCAGAGUCUCAAGAGUUUGAACAAUUGAAGGUACGAGAUGAUGAACUGGAAGAGUUAGAUGACCUGACUUCCGUGUACUGUAAAGUUCCAGUCAAAGGGGGCAGUGAGAAUUUGCAUGGGAAAGUGAACAUCUUGCUGCAGACAUUUUUGUCCCGUGGCAGAGUGAACUCUUUUUCUCUCAUGUCUGACCAGGCUUAUAUUACACAGAAUGCAGUUAGGAUAACAAGAGCAUUGUUCGACAUAGUACUGAGAAAAAACAAUCCGAUCAUGUCUGCAAGGUGCUUAACUCUAAGCAAGAUGUUUGAGCAGCAGCAAUGGGUUUUUGAGACACCCAUGCGACAGUUUCGUAUUCUUGGACCAGAGAUCAUUUAUAAAAUAGAGGACAGGAAACUUUGCGUUGAGAAGCUGAGAGAGAUGGACGUUAAGGAGAUUGGAACAAUCCUUCGCCAUGCCAAAAUGGGUGACACUGUGAAGCGCUGUGCAGACGAGUUUCCCUUCUUGGACAUGGAGGCUGUCUUGCAACCAAUCACACGCACUGUUCUCAGGAUAAGACUCCAUAUAAGAGCAAAUUUUAGAUGGAAUGACAAAGUCCAUGGGAAGACGUCUGAAGCUUUCUAUGUUUGGAUUGAAGAUCCUGAUAGUAAUUACAUGUAUCAUUCAGAAUUCUUUCUGAUCACAAAGAAACAGGUUUUGUCAAGAGAAUCUCAGGAACUAGUAAUGACCAUUCCACUGAUUGAACCAAUUCCUUCUCAGUACUCCGUUACAGCUACUAGUGAUCGGUGGCUGGGAUCCGUGACAAGUAUUCCCUUAACCGUUCAAAAUCUCAUUUUGCCAGAAAGCCAUCCACCACACACUGAUUUACUUGAGCUACAGCCAUUGCCUGUAAAGGCUCUUCAAGACCCUCAGCUGGAGAUGUUGUACCCAUUUGAACAUUUCAAUCCAAUCCAGUCACAGAUAUUUCAUUGUUUAUAUUACACUGACAACAAUGUGCUGCUCGGUGCACCCACUGGGUCUGGUAAAACUAUUGCUGCUGAAAUUGCCAUGUUCCGGGUAUUCAAGAAAUAUCCUGGCUGUAAGGUUGUGUACAUAGCCCCUCUGAAAGCUCUUGUUCGGGAACGUAUUGGGGAUUGGAAAAUAAGACUGGAAGGGAAACUAAACCGGAAGGUUGUUGAAUUAACAGGUGAUGUAUCGCCGGACAUCCGUGCUAUAUCUGAAGCUGAUGUAAUUGUAACGACACCUGAGAAGUGGGACGGCAUCAGUCGUAGCUGGCAGACGCGUAAUUAUGUCCGUGAUGUUGCUCUUAUUGUGAUUGAUGAGAUCCAUCUGCUGGGAGAGGAUCGUGGUCCAGUACUAGAAGUGAUAGUAUCCAGGACCAAUUUCAUAGCGUCACACACGUCUCGGACUCUCCGCAUCGUGGGCCUUUCAACAGCGUUGGCCAAUGCAAAGGAUUUGGCAGACUGGCUUGGCAUUGGACAGAUGGGUUUGUACAACUUCCGUCCAUCGGUACGUCCAGUACCACUUGAGGUCCACAUUUCAGGAUUCCAUGGCAAGCAUUAUUGUCCUCGUAUGGGCACCAUGAACCGACCAACAUUUCAGGCAAUUCGACAGUACUCGCCAGCAAAGCCAGCUCUUGUGUUUGUUUCAUCUCGGAGACAGACUCGGCUAACGGCACUAGAUCUCAUCGCUUACCUUGCGGCUGAAGAUGAUCCUAAGCAGUGGCUUCAUAUGAGUGAACAAGAGAUGCAGCAAAUUGUUGGUGGAGUGAAAGAUUCAAACUUGAAACUUACAUUGGCAUUUGGUAUUGGUAUGCAUCAUGCCGGUCUUCAAGAGAGGGAUCGUAAGACUGUGGAGGAAUUGUUUGUCCAUCAGAGGAUACAGAUCCUUAUUGCAACAGCAACCUUGGCAUGGGGCGUGAACUUUCCAGCUCACUUAGUUGUGAUAAAAGGAACCGAGUACUACGAUGGUAAAACACACCGUUAUGUGGACAUGCCCAUUACAGAUGUCCUGCAAAUGAUGGGACGUGCAGGUCGUCCGCAGUUUGACGACAGUGGCAUUGCAGUUGUUCUGGUUCAUGAUGUCAAGAAGAAUUUCUACAAAAAAUUCUUAUAUGAACCUUUCCCUGUGGAGUCAAGUCUUCUGGAAGUCUUGCCUGAUCAUCUGAAUGCUGAAAUUGUAGCAGGAACUGUGCAGACAAAGCAAGAUGCCCUCGACUAUCUUACUUGGACGUACUUCUUUAGAAGACUGCUUCAAAACCCUACAUACUACAAACUAGAAACACUGGAACCAGAAGAUGUCAACGGUUUUCUUUCAAAUCUGGUACAGCGGUCACUUAAUGUCCUAGGAGAAGCUUAUUGUAUAUCAGUGGAUGACGAUUGCCGUGGAGUUCAUCCAACAUCCAUGGGUAGAAUAGCCUCAUUCUAUUACCUGUCUCACCAAACAAUGCAGCAUUUCCAAGACAGCCUUAGACCUGACUCAAACGUAGAACAGUUGUUGAAAAUUCUGAGUGAUGCUCACGAAUAUGAUCAGUUGCCUGUACGACACAAUGAAGAUGGCCUAAAUGGUGAACUUGCCAAGAGCUGCCCACUACAGGUUGACCAGUAUUCGCUAGAUUCUCCUCACACGAAGGCCUUACUGUUGCUUCAAGCCCACUUUUCCAGACUUCAGCUACCGUGCACAGAUUAUCUGACUGAUCUGAAAUCUGUUCUGGAUCAGACUAUUAGGAUUUUACAGGCAAUGAUAGAUGUAUGUGCUGAACGUGGUUGGAUGUCAACCACGCUGCGUACCCAGCAGAUUAUGCAGAUGGUGAUCCAAGCUCGAUGGGUUCAGGAUUCUCCACUCCUUACUCUGCCACAUUUGGAACCACAUCACAUGUACCUCUUCAUGAAAAAGGGUAGAAAAUUACAGACUCUGCCUCUCCUGAGGGCUGUCUCAUAUAAACACUAUUCGGCUCUAGCUGACAUUUUGAGGGCAGAGUUUGAUGAAGGAGAAAUAGAACAGGUACACAAGGUUCUUUGUGAAAUGCCAGUUCUGAAUGUGAAUAUUAGUAUAUGUGGAUGGUGGGAAAAUGAAAAUGUUGAAGAAGAAAGACAUUUCAAGCAGCCGCCCACAAAAUGUGAUUGGAUUCAAGUUCAUGCUGAUCAGGAAUACACACUUAUGGUACGACUCGAACGCGUCAACAGGGCAAGAGAACCGAAAGUUCACAGUCCUCGAUUUCCUCGUGGAAAAGAUGAAGGCUGGUUUCUGACAUUGGGUUGCAUAGAGACUGGAGAACUUUUGGCAAUGAAACGAGUCUCUGCAGUAAGAGGUAGCAGGAACUGCCAACAGCUUACAUUCUUUACUCCAAAGACGACAGGUCGUUUGAUUCUCACCUUAUAUAUUCUGUCUGACUGCUACUUGGGACUUGAUCAACAGUACGAUUUGCAACUUGACAUCAUCCCAGUCAGUCUUAAAGUUCAGACGAACACUGAGCUGAAGGAGUCUGAAUUCAUCUCAGAUUCUAACAGCGUACAAGGAAAGGAAUGUUGAGCACAAAGAAAAUAAACGCAAUGUUCCACAGGUACUGCUAGUUCCUUUCAGAAGUUUUACGAGAUACUGUCAGUUUUAGUGGAAAAGUUUAUGGCUUUUUCAACUUUGUUCUUUGAAGAUGACUGUCUUGUGGCAAAAGUUACUGACCUUUCGUAGUUUCUACCUUUAUCAGCAUCCUAAUGAUGGAAGCAGCAAGCACUUCUGAAAUGUCAGUAAACUUUCACGAGACUACAUGGUACAACAUCCAAGAAGACAGUCAUCUUUAUUCUUGCCACCGUGAGAACCUGAAGUAUCACCACGCAUUCUUUGAAUGUGGUGCUAGAACUGGGUAAUUGUAUAUUGUAUGGCUUGGCUGUGCACGCACCCUAAGGGUUGACUGCUUUAAGUUAUCACAAAUAUUGAAUUCCAGACUGUUGUUGGUUACAUUUUUACUCAUAUGUAGGAUUGAAAUUGUCAUUGUAAUUGAGUACAGAUUAAUUUAUUGUUCUGAGCAUGUAUGAUUCAUAUUUCAUAAAAUGAGAUUUAUAUCUGAUUUGUUAUGUUGCCAGGAAUAUGUUUAUUUACAUUCAACACUACAGGAGACAUAGAAUGUUACAUUCUAGUAUUCUGGUGAAUGAAAAUUGGAUAUGAAUGCUAACAUGUUGAAUAUUUUAUAGUGUUAAACCAUUGCAGUAUUUGCAUAUCAAAAUUAAGAAAUUAUAUAAUCUUCAUGUGUAUAUUCAAAUGGCUUGAUCCAUAUGAAUUGUUUAUAUUUGCUGCUGUAUAAGGUUUAGUUUAAUCUUCUGUAAAGAACAGGAUAUUGUUAUAAACUAUGAUACACGUGUAAUUGCUGGUUCUGUAAAAUAACACACACUGUGAUAAUUCCUUCCAGUACCAGAUGUUAUUAUUAAUUACAUGCUGGGAUGCUGUUUAUCUGUACUAUCCCUGACAUGUGAUACGGUUGAAUACAUCUUAUUUACAGUUUCUCAUCACUAGAUUUGUGUCUUCCAGUUAUAUGUAACUCUAUCAAGCAGAGUCUUUCUUGAGAAGCUGAUGGUAGGUCAGCUAAUUAAAUUUCUGCUUUUAAGGAACUAAA